AUGAGGAUAUGGAACCGAUACCGAGAUGUGAUUAUGGCCAAUUGGCAUAUAGGCUUCACAGCAUUUGGCGGUCCUGCUGUACAGUUCCAGACUUUCCACGAGAAAUUUGUAACGAACCUAGGUUGGAUCGAUGAACCAAUGUACCAACAAAUAUUUGCCAUCAGUCAAGCGUUGCCCGGUUCGGCAAGCACCAAAAUGCUCUUCUGUAUCAACACCAUUCAUAGCGGGUUUCUUGCCGGAUUCUUUGCAUUCGCAAUCUUUUGUCUUCCCGGCGCAUUGGGCAUGUAUAGCUUGGGAUUGGGCAUAUCAAAAGUUGGCAGCACCCUUCCGGAACCCGUAUAUGCGUUGUUAUCUGGUCUCAAUGCAGCGACCGUAGGCAUCAUUGCUCUAGCUGCUGUGCGACUAUCCGAACGAGCCAUCACCGACAAGCUCACAAGGUUUCUGGUAUAUCUCGGAGGAAUAAUGGGAAUGCUCUACACGGCGCUCUGGUACUAUCCAAUCAUCAUGGUUGGCGCUGGAGUUACAACCCUCGUAUGGGAUCUAGGAUACCCGCAAAAGGUUGGAAAGGUAUUCCGGAGGCAAAAGCCAAGAGAAGACGAGAAGAAGCGGAUAACGUCUGAGGACUUGGAGCAGGGGUCCUGGUUCAACAGUUCUCGGUCUUCGGCAGAGUAUGAUAAACCAUUGCCACCACCACCUCCCGCGUACUCAACUCGAGGAAGUGUCAACUCAGAGUUCGCCUUCCGACACCCAAGACCAGUUCCUCAACCCCCUACUCGCUAUCCCCCAGCAAACCCUCAGCACGACGACCGCACCAAGAAACCCCCAGUCUCGUCAACAAGCGACAUCUCCUCCAUGUCCUGGCCCCUAGGCACAAGCAUUAUCGUCUUCUUCCUCAUCACCUUCAUCCUAACCAUCACCCUCCACGCCAUCUUCCGCCACACAACGCAAGCCUUCUCCCUCUUCUCCUCCCUCUACCUCGCCGGCACCAUCAUCUUCGGCGGCGGCCCCGUCGUCAUACCCCUCCUCCGCGAAUACAUCGUCUCCCCCGGCUGGGUGUCCCCUCGAGACUUCCUCCUCGGCCUCGCCGUCAUCCAAGCCUUCCCAGGUCCAAACUUCAACUUCGCCGUCUACCUCGGCUCCCUCGCCGUCGCCGGCACGCCCGUCCCAUCCUACCUCGGCGCCUUGAUCGCCUUCGUCGCAAUGUACGCGCCGGGCCUGUUCAUCGUGGUAGGCUUCAUGGGCCUGUGGCGCAUACUGAGAGAUAAAGCAUGGUUCCUCGCCAUUCUCCGAGGCGUCAACGCAGCGGCCGUGGGGCUCGUGUUCACGGCCGUGUACAAACUCUGGCAGAUCGGGUAUCUGACGGCGGAGGUUCAGGGCGGGAGCCCGCUGGGGACGGAUCCAUGGCUGGUGGCGAUUACGGGCACGGCGUUUGUGGGCGGGGCGUGGUUCAGGAUGAGUCCGCCCGUGGCGAUCCUGUUGGGGGGGGCGAUGGGAAUGGGGAGCCUCAGCGUCAAGAACAAUCACAACAUACAGACAGGUAGGAUCGAUCAAUCGAUCGAGCUAGUGGUAAUCGUGCCCACGCACUUGAACCAGCUCGAUCCUCGCCAUGUCGUAUUUUCCCCACCGGGUUUGUCGAGGUUUGAUGAGGGCAGGGUAGCGCUGAAAGUGGGAAUAGUUUAG